GUAGCCCCGAGUUUAUGGUAACGCGAUAACAACUUGCCGCGUGUGAAAGCCGUUUGGGUUAUUUUGAUGGCGGUAAUGAGCUAAAGAAGAUGAAGUUGAGAUGGAAAACGCGUCCCUAACUGUGGCAGGGUCCUAAUAGAGAGUAAUUGAAAUUAUUAAUGUGACCAAAGAUGGCAUCCUAUUUGGCACAAGAAAUUCAGCUUGCUAAGAGGCAUGAAGAAAUACUCUCUCAGAGAUUGGUGUUGCUUCAGCAGAUGGAGAGUCAUCUAAGAGACAAAGAAGCUGAGAAGGCAUGGCAUAUGCAAGAAGUUGAUGCAGCUCGUAAAAGAAAUGUAUUACUUUUAAAUGAUUUAGAGGCAGCAGCAAAAAAGCUACAAUCCAGAGAGCACUUGCUUCUACACCCUGAAACUGUUAACCUUGAAACUCUUUACUGGGCCAAAGUAGAAGAAUCCAUCCCUAAGUGGGAGCCAUUUUUUUUAGGAAGAACACAAGCCCCUAUUGGUGUUAAAAAAAAAAUCACAUCCAUCAAGCAGCACAUGAGAUCAGCACCAGGAUAAACCGGAAACAAAAAUGAAAUAACAACCAGGGGGGAAUUUAUUCAAACUUCAGAAUGGUGGAUCAUUAUAUAGUUCUUUUAAAUAUUUGUUGGAUAAGAUUGUCAAUUCCAAAUCUGCACUGAAGCGUUCUUCCCCAAAGGCCUGUUAGCUACAUGGAAGUGACUUUGAUGUCAAAUAUGAACAACACAUUGCAGGAUGAAAACUCAGCUGUUCAAUUACUCAGUCAAGAUGAGAAAUAAUGUAAUCUGUUACUUGUCCUUCAUUUUUGCUGUGGAGAGAUGCUUUUUCCCAAUAAAAGUGGUAGAAGGUA